UUUAUUUCUAGACCGGCCUACAUGAAAAAGUUUGUCUCCUUUUCGGCCUUACAAGGCUUGGUCGCAGACUAUAUUGCUCGGUGCGACGAAUUAUCGCUCUCGAACGAAAAAGCGCGGGAAGUUGAGUUUGUGUUUAGUUUGAUCGAAGCUGAGAGAGUGUUAAGUAGUUUUAUAAUUCAAGAAUUAUAUUCUCGUUGCCGGUGGGUCUUUACGAACGAAAAAUAAAAAUUGAAAUUCACUGAGAAACAGAUUCAUUACCAGCUGAGGAAAUGGCGACAGGCCAAAGCUAUCUAGGUACAUGUGCAAAAUGUUUGGGUGUGAUUUCUGAAAAAGGUUGCACAGCUGAAAAACUAAACUACCACCAGAGAUGCUUUGUCUGUUCCCUCUGUUGUAAAGAAUUGUAUGGCAAGCCUUAUUAUACAAUGAAUGGGAAACCCUAUUGUGAGGAAGACUAUCUGAAUAAAUUGGACAAAUGCGCUUCCUGUAAUCGGCCAAUAUUAGAAAAGAUUUUGAAAGCAGAAGGACACAAAUUCCACCCUGAGUGUUUCAAAUGUAGUGCCUGUAAAAAGUGCCUGGAUGGUGUGCCUUUUAGUGUCGAUCCAGACUCUAAGAAUGUUCUUUGCAUGGAUGAUUAUAAAAAAAAAGUGGCUCCUCAGUGCGCCAGAUGUAAGAAGCCAAUUGCACCGCCUUCUUAUUCAAAUGAAGUCACCAGAGUUCUGGCAAUGGGAAACAGUUAUCACACUACAUGUUACCGAUGUGAAGAUUGUGGGCUUCCUCUCUCGUCCAAUAGCAAUGGUCGAGGUUGUUAUCCUCUGAAUGACCGGCUUUUUUGUUUCGACUGCCACAAAAGAAGAGCUCCCAAUGUUGCCAAGAUGACAGGAAAAGCCAAGUAGAACAGAAAAUAAACAACUAUCUUCAGAAAUAGAUCUUUUUCUUUUUUAGUUUUGGAAUUAUUUAAUUAGCCAAGUUAUUCUUAGGUCAUAAUUGUCCCAUAUUUGAAUAUUAUUAUCUUCAUAUUACACCUUAGAGAGAUACUCGCAUGGCAUAAGGCUAAUCAUAAUAAGAAUUAAGUGAUAAGUUAUUUAUUUAACAUCAAACCGUGGCACUAAAAACUUAAUUCUUUAACUUUACAAUUUGAAGCUUUAAACAGCUAUAAAGAAUUUCGAAUUUUAGCUUUUAAGAUUUAUAGAGCUUUU